AUGGAAGCUUCAAGAUGUGAUUUUGAGGAAGAUAUUGGUUCAGUAAUGGAAUUCGAAGAGCCAGAACAACCUAUGGUUUUAAAUAUUUAUAAUGUGUUGGCAAGCGCAAAUACUGGAGUAAAUAUUGAUUUAUCAUGGUUUACAGAGAAUUUUGGGAAUACGUAUUAUGAUCCUCAGGAGUUCCCUGCUGCAAGAGCUGAUAUCCCAGAUAAGCAUACAAAAAGUGUGGUUACAAUUUCGGCUUUCUCUAAUGGCAAGAUUCAAGCAACAGGGGGAGUCAGUGUCGAGUGUACAAAAAACUCUCUCAAAAAGGUCGUUAGAAAACUCAGAAACAAAGGUUUCAAGAAAGCAAAGCUUUUGAGUUUCGAGGUUCAUAAUAUCCAGGCCGUUAUUGAUGCUGGUUUUCCUAUUGAUCUCAGAGUUCUUCGCGAAAUUUAUGUUUUUGUGGAUUACGAACCGGAAAGAAACCCAGGUCUUAGAAUCCGCAUCCCUGUCUUAUAUCUCUACAAUCAAGGAUGCAAUCCUGAAUUUUUACAACGACAAUUACUAGCAUAUCAAUAUGGCACUAUUAAUCAAAAUAAGGACUUGAAUAGGGAAGGCUUAGAUUCAAACAAAAUGGAGGCGAAUUGGUUGAGUGGGUCAGAGUUGGAAGGUUCUAUUAAGAGGUUAAGGAGACCACAAAUUACUAUAGAAAUUGUUAAUGUAGGCUUCCAGUCUUCUCUGAUAAUAUUAAUGCAUACGUGUCCAAGUUUGUCAAUAUUUGGAUGGAGUAUUUUACUAAGACAUUUCACUUUUGGAGGCUUAAAUGGGUAUUCUUUCGGCACUCUGAUGACGAACUGUAGUAUUUUGUUAGUCCAAAUACCUUCUUUUGGUUGUAGAACUACCACAAAACAAUUAGAUAUAUUCUCUAGAUCUAAGUUAUUGGUAUCUUUUAAACUUUCUAUAGCGUCCAUGUCAAGAGCUGUUUCUGUGUUAAACUUUACUUUACAAAACUCUGGUAACCCAAUUUCUUCAAACUCUUUUCUAAGCCUUAGCAAAGAAACAUCCAUGUUAAAGCUGGCUUAA